AUUCUUCCUUGAGCAUACUAUACAGAGAAGCUGCAGCACCAGACGAAAGUUGCUGCAGUUUGAUGGAGACCGCGCGAAAUCUGGACCUCCAAAGAAGGCUCGACCAGCUCUUCGAGCUUCAAAAGCUUACACCUAACCAGCCCUACAGCAUUUUGCAUCGGCUCAGGCUUGGAAAGGCAUAUCAGAAUCUUGGGUACCCCGAUCUCGCAGUCGGAGAUGCUUACAAAGCCCUGCUUCUGGUCGUCGAAGUGUCCGAAGCGGGAGAAUAUCACGACGAGGCGUUAGAGGCAGCACGAGUUGAUCUCACCGCGUGUGCUACUACCCAUCUGAGAUAUGUUUCGGGUCAUGGAGACUGCUGCUGUGCCAAGCGGCCGACAGGGGGGGAAGCACAAGACGAGGACGGAGCCAUCAUCUGGGCGAACACGUGCUGGUCAAAAACAGCAUAUGACAUUCUUGUUCCGUGUCUGAUACAAUGCGGCUGCCUCCGAAGCGCAUUCUAUUACAACUCUCGAGCAGUGAAAGCAUUUCCGGGAAUGGCAUCUUUCCAAGGCUAUCAAGAAGCUCUGCUGUCCAAACUGCGCUCACAUUUUGGGUCUAAGGGAGGAAGCUUCGAUAGCAUCGACAAACAAGACUAUCCGGAUAAAGGUCGCGUACGCCGGGAGCUGUACCCUUGGAAUGAGUACGAGCCCGACAGAUUCGCGCCAGAUGUUCUCUCGUUCCUGAAUGGGGAGAUGGCGAGCAUUGCUCCAAAACUUGAAGUCAAAGUCGCCGACCUCCCGUUGCUUACGGAUGCGGCGGCAUCAAGCAAUCCAUCCCUUUCCGCACCGGAAGAGCGCUAUGUAAAACAGCUUGGAGUAUUUGCCAAGGAGGACAUUCCGCCUGGCGAACAGAUCCUCCAGGAGAAGUCCCUCCUGACCGCAGUCUCGAGGCUGCACGAGUUCUAUUGCGAUGCCUGUAGCGCAUCGCUACCAAACGCAACGGUCGCCACAGCGGAAAUGGGCGCAGAACAUGCCAUAAUAGCGUGCGAAGACUGCCACGAGGUCUUCUUCUGCAGUCAAGAAUGCCAUGACCUGGCUCAAGAAAACUACCACCCAUCUCUUUGCGGUGUUUCCACCGAUCAGAAGAUUCCCGUAAGCGAAGCUGCCGAUUCUUUAUAUGCUCUACUCCUCGUACGCGCCAUGGCCUUAGCAGAGACACAGGGGCUUCAUCCACUCGAGCUGAAGGAAGUCCGCUAUAUCUGGGGCGCCUAUCAUGGCCGCAACUUGGAUAAGACAUGGACGGCUGAUGUGGCCUUUGGCUCCGUCCCGCAGACCCUUCCCUUCUCUUUCGACGCCAACAUCCUAACGCCGCUCCACUUUCUGGAGAAAAUGGACGUCAACAUCUUCGAGCAGAGCCAUCGAUACGACACUUGGAUCUUCAACACUCUUUACGCGAAAUUUCGAGGUACCGCAUCCGCGCGACAAGGCCUCGACGGCCGCCCUGAAACUGGGGCCGUCCAUCCGAUGUGGUGUCUAACGAACCACAGCUGUGAUCCAAACGUAGCAUGGGAGUGGCAGGGAAGGAUGUGCUUCUGGACGCGAGAGAAGCUCGUCGAGUGGAAGGGAAGAGAUCCGAGUAAGAAGGCCGGAUUGAUGAAGGGAGAGGAGGUUCUAAGCCACUACUGCGAUGUGCGGCUUCCGGUAAAGGAGCGGCGGGAGUGGGCCGUUGGUGCGCUCGGUGGAGUCUGUGUCUGUCCAAGAUGCGUCUGGGAGGAAGCCGAGCCGGAGCGGACAGAGAGCGGUGCGCAGUGAAGACGGCAUCCAAUACUGCGUCCUUCCCCCUUCGACGAAGCAACCCGUGCGCAUGCGGCCGCCUGAACGGCGACCAUCUUUCCACCUCAAUCAAGUUGCACCUCAUACUUCUAGCCCUUUCCCCCGAC